CGGUUCGAAGUUGGUUUGAGCCUGUGUCCCCAACUGUCCAGCAGUGUAAACAGGACCCUGUGAUUAAUGGCCCAGGUGAACAGGUCUAGUCAGUGGUUGGAUCUGCCUCUAGGGCUCAUGAGGACCAGAGCAGGCUGCAUGCUGAGGAGAUGUUAGCCUGCAGAAAGGAUGUCAAGAUGCAAGGCUGCCUUAGGCCAAUAGGGCAGUGCCUCUCCCUUGGACCCACCAUGUCUUUCGAUCUUAAACUGUUCAUUAACCCAAAAACCAGUGGUGUCCUAACCGUAGGUGAAGGGAAGGUAAUUGAUGACGAAAUAAAAUGUGUCCAUCUGUCAGUUCUGACAGAGAUGCUGGAGUCACAUGAGGUCACUGGUGUUCCUCUUGCUAUAGAAUACCUGGGAAUGAGCCCACCAUAAGGCUAAGCUCACAGCAACCAUGAUAGCAGCCCCAGAGAUGUGAGCUGUUGUCAGCAAAGAAGUUUUCCAGAAUGGGGACUCUUGGUUCCACUUCGACAGCAUGUAAUCUCAUAUUGUAGAGCCCUGGAAAACCAUGUUUACAGAAAUCAGAAGUGAGCCCUCUGUGUGACUGUCAGAGAUGUUCAGAAUACAGAACGGUGCUGAGCUCCUUGGACAGGGCCUUUGCAGUCCCUACUCACCGAAUGCCAGGAGCUUCCUCCAGGUUCCAAACUCCUCGGAGAUAGCCACAGUCCAGGAGUCCUUUUGGCAGAGCCCAGAGCCAGCCUAGUUUGCCUCAGGAGGGAAUGUGAUAACAGGUUCCAGAGUGCAGAGUGGACUGACCAGACUGGAAGGAGGGAAGUCAGAUCCCACGAUGCUGGAAGGCUUCCAGGGGAGCUGGCAUUUCAGCACAAUGGGGAGGAAACAGCUGUAGUAUGCCCAACAAUGGGCCAGUGCUCUCCAGUGUUCCCUGAGCCAGGCUUGCCCUGGGCACUCAUGGUGUUGCUGGGCUGAUUGACAAGUGGUAAUUUGGUUUGGUGGGCACCUGCUUUCUAGGAGUAGCUCUUGGAGACCAGGGCAAGGGAUGCCUGGGUCACUUUAUCUCCUCAAGACCUGAUGAGUCCCCUGAAAUCCCAUACACACACCCAUACACACACACUGUCAUGGGGCCAUCAGACCAAAGGAGAAUAUAGAGCGUGCCAGGUAUGUGUGAGACCCUUGUGGAGUGCAACCUUACGAGGGACAGCAGCAUUACUCGGGGAUGGAGGUGUGGCUCAGUGGUAGCAUGGCUCCUAGCGCGAGACUCUGGGUUCUGUCUACAGCACUAAAAAGAAAAAAAAGUUUUCUCAAAUCACACCCCUCUCAGUUGCUACAAAAGAAAAGUAGGAGAGCAAUGGUGGCUCGUAGACAGGUCCCUGAGGAAGAGGAUUUGUACUGAGGAAGGAUGGAAGGGUGGUCAUCCCCUCUGUGCCGGGACAGACUGGCAGAGACAGACUAGACCAGAUUAGACUCAGACCUGCAGGCGGACUCUGGCCUUUGUGAAGGUACCUGGGCGCUGCUAGAGGGUUGAGGCAAGGUUCGACAGCACUACACCUACCUGUUGAAAGGUCACUUUUCGUGUGAAUGUACACUAGAGCCCUAAGUCCCUGUGCUGGGGUGGGACCCAUGGCUUCUGUGGUCACUGUGGCCAGACCCUCCCUCUCUUCUCUCCAGUGGCAGAGCUGGGGAUCUGUGACUUCCAUAUCCAGCUAGCCAUGGAACAGUUUGGCUCUGGCCACCAGCCCCUUAAGUGAGGACUCCGUCUGGGGCCCAUUGCACAGCCACACCAUGGAGGUGAAGAGGACUCUUCCAGCCAGGGGAACUGUCCUUUGAACACCGUGGUCCAGCUCUGCUGGUUCUUCCUGCUAACCAUCUUCAAGCGAGGCUCCUGCUCCUGCUGGCCCACGGAUGGGGAGGUGGGCCCUUGAUGUCGCCUUUGUGUGGAAGGCGGUGCUGACGCUGGGCCUGGUCCUCCUCUACUACUGCUUCUCCAUAGGCAUCACCUUCUACAACAAAUGGCUGACCAAGAGCUUCCACUUUCCCCUCUUCAUGACCAUGCUGCAUCUGGCCGUGAUCUUCCUCUUCUCAGCCCUGUCCAGGGCGCUGGUUCAGUGCUCCAGCCACAGGGCCCGAGUGGUGCUCAGCUGGACUGACUACCUCAGAAGAGUGGCCCCCACAGCACUGGCAACAGCACUUGAUGUGGGCUUGUCUAACUGGAGCUUUCUCUACAUCACCGUAUCACUGUACACAAUGACCAAAUCGUCCGCCGUGCUCUUCAUCCUGAUCUUCUCUCUGAUCUUCAAGCUGGAGGAACUGCGUGCAGCCCUGGUCCUAGUGGUCCUUCUCAUCGCUGGGGGCCUCUUCAUGUUUACCUAUAAGUCCACACAGUUCAACGUGGAGGGCUUUGCCUUGGUGCUGGGGGCUUCAUUCAUCGGCGGCAUCCGCUGGACCCUUACACAAAUACUUCUGCAGAAAGCUGAACUGGGCCUUCAGAAUCCCAUUGACACCAUGUUCCACCUGCAGCCGCUCAUGUUCCUGGGACUCUUCCCUCUCUUUGCCAUAUUUGAAGGUCUCCAUUUGUCCACCUCAGAGAAGAUCUUCCGCUUCCAGGACACAGGGCUGCUCCUGUGGGUUCUUGGGAGCCUCCUCCUUGGCGGGAUUCUGGCCUUCGGUUUGGGCUUCUCCGAGUUCCUCCUGGUCUCCAGAACAUCCAGCCUCACUCUCUCCAUCGCUGGCAUUUUUAAGGAAGUCUGCACCCUGCUGCUGGCGGCUCACCUGCUCGGUGAUCAGAUCAGCCUCCUAAACUGGCUGGGCUUCGCACUCUGCCUCUCCGGCAUCUCCCUGCAUGUGGCCCUCAAGGCCCUGCAUUCUAGAGGUGAUGAUGGCCCUAAGCUCCCAAAGGGCCCGGACCCCAGCGCUGACCUGGAGCUGCUGCUCUGGAGCAGCCAGCAGGAAGAAGAUGACGAGGAGUAUUUUGUGACCCAGGGGCAGCAGUGACCAGUCCAGGAGCAGUGGAAGCAAGCCACUCUGCUGUCCGCUCUGCUGACCACUCUUGGUGGGGCCCAGGGGCCCAGCUGCUGCCUCGGAGCAACUGCAGGUGGUGGCCUUAGAGUCACCUGUAGGACCCUGGUGGGGGUGGCUCCUGCUCUUUCCUGGGAGUGUGGUCCACAAAGUGGAUGCUAGGCUCACCCAAGACCUGGUGUGAAGGGAGCCAGUAACCUCUUCUCCACUGUUGCUCUGGCUCAGAGCCAAGAUGAACUUCAGGUGUGUAGUUUCUUGGGUUGCUGGGUUCGGACUGCAGGGCAUGGCAUCUGGGAAGGAGCCAUGGAGAGGCUGGGCCUCAUCACCUGGACAGCCGCUUCCUCAGAGAGUGGAUUUAUUUAUAGUUGAAAUAAUGAUUUCCUUCUCCACUGCCCAAUGUUGCCUGAGGCAUGAGAGCAAGGAGAACCCUGGGGCCUGGCCUCUCCUUCCCCUGCCUGGGGCCUUUUCCUCUGCCCUGCCCUGCCCUCUGUAGCUCCUGCUCCUCUUUCUGCCCAGACCGCAUCCUUGGGGCCAUACUACAGACCCACCACCAGAAAUAAACAAGUAUUUGCUCAGUACCAUUGUCUGGAGACUGCCAGAGUCACAGCCUAGGUUUGCAUUCUCUCUCUGCCAUGUCCUACCCAUUGUGUGACUUUAGGUGGAUGACUUAGUUUCUCUGUGCUGUAGGUUGUCUAUCUGUUUUUGAAGAAAAAAGGAAAGAAGAUAAUGUCUAUCCCAGGCUUUCUGGAGAAUGUCACAGAUUAAAUAUUAUGUAUGUAUUCUUUAAAUAUUGUCAAGAACUGAGAGACCAUGCCUAAAAAAGAAUUUACCGAGCUGCUGUGUAAGGAUUCAAGGCUGCUUGCUAUGUGCUAUGUGAGGAGGGACUCAGUUCCAGAAUGUGGGCCAAGUUGUGCACUUGUCUAGACCACAGUCCCAUGGGAGGCAGCAGGGCCAUGCUGUGGGGCUGAGCCCUCUCGUAGCUUGGCGCCUGGUGGUUGCGCCCUCCUCAGAGAGCUGGUCCCCUCUGCUUUGGCAGAGGAGCCGCCGACCAGGCUCUCCUAUAGAAGUGCUUCAGGCACUCACGGCAGGUGGCGCCAUUGGCUCACAGUUUGGCUCCAGCCCUGCCUGCUACCACCCCUGCCCAAACCCUGGCAGCAGAGGGUGCCUGACAGCAGUGGCAUCUGUGUAAGUUUGGGCAAAGACCCAGAAGGGGCUCUGUGUAGAGCUGGAGCGAGUGGAUCUCCAUUGGUGCCCAGAACGCACGGACCACAGACUUCUGGAAGGGACAGAUAGUAAAUAUUUCCAUUGAGGACCAUAUGGUGUAUGUUGCAACUUGAAGCAGGAAAGAAGCCUUGCAUGGCACAGACACAAAGGGGUGGGGCUAUAACCCAAUAAAAUCUGGUUU